AUGGAAAUCAAGGAUAUGAAGGAACUCAAAUGGCCUGUCAGAAUGAGGUCACCACCCGAAUCCAGGGACAUGAACAAGUACUCCCUUAUUAAAAGAGGACUCCUGAGUUCCUACGUUGGUAACGACAAACGUCCAAGGAACGAUCGUGGUAGGGAAAAAACCCCUGAGGCAAAAAGGGAUGGUCAACCCACUGCUAGAACCAUCAAUAUCAUCAUAGGGGGUAUUGCCUCGGGAGAAGACUCCAACAGUGGAAGAAAACAAUAUGCCCGACAAUAUGCCUUGGUCUCUGGGAUGCCUCAUGGAAAGCUGGAUGAUAUUACUUUUGGGAUCGAGGACUUAGAAGGUAUAUCACUUUCACAUGAUGACGCCUUGGUCAUCUCAGCAAUUGUGGCCAAUUUUGAAGUAAAGAGAAUCUUGGUUGACAACGGGAAUGCAGCUCAAAGCGGUUAA